AUGAGCCAUCUCAAAACAGGCACCGAAUAUUCCCCCCCCGAUGGGCCAUUGACCAGCUCCGAUUGUGAGGACGCUCGGCCUCGCAAGCGACCGAGGACCUCCCCAAUACCGAAGACACAAUCGACGAAGGUGCAGGAGCUCGCCUGUGGCUUCAUCGUUAAUACGGACCAACCUUUCGGUGUCUUCGACGACCGUUAUCUCCGAGAACUUUUGCAGCAGUUUGAUCAAGACCUGUUUUCACAAAUUCCAUGGUCCCGGAGCAGCCAGCGAAGGCAGCUCGAGGUGGUGUUUGACAGCAAAAAGUGCCUCGUGCAACAGUCAUUGCGCGAAGCCAUAACGAAAAUACAUGUUGCCUUUGACCUUUGGACGUCUCCGAAUCGAUAUGCAAUCGUCGCUGUGUCAGGGCACUUUCUGGACAAGGAAGGGCGUCAACAACAACGCCUGCUGGCGCUUACUCGCCAGCCUGGGCCUCAUGCUGGUGAGAACAUCGCACACACCCUUCGGAGGGUCGUGGAAGAUUGGCAGAUCGAAGACAUGAUCGGUACUUUGGUUUCUGAUAAUGCGACGAACAACGAUACCUGUGCGGAUCACUUCUUCCGCGCCAUUGAACCUGCUUUGACGCAGGGCGACCGUGUGGAGCGGCGCAUGAGGUGUUACGGCCACAUACUCAACCUUGUCGGCAGAGCUUUCCUAUAUGGCGAAGACGGCGAGACUUUCGAGCAAGAAAGUCAGCGUCUACUCGACGCCGACCUCAUUGAAGACGACCUGCGACACUGGAGACGUCGUGGCCCCGUGGGCAGGCUGCGCAACAUCAUCAAGUUCAUUCGAGCGUCGCCUCAACGAAGCGAGCGAUUCCAGACACUGGCUAGUGAAGCCGAUGAUCAGGACGCCUGGUUGAUCCACCAAGAAUCGAGCAGAGAGUUGCAGCUGAUCCUUAGCAAUGAGACUCGGUGGAACUCUACAUACCAAAUGAUCGAAAGGGCACUCAGGAAGCAGGGACAUCUCCAGACCUUCUUGAUAGAGAACCAGAUGGAGGAGGACGCAUCAAAGCGGCUGCCCGCUGAAGACGUUCUGCAUCCCGAAGACUGGCGUCUUCUCGUUGAGCUCAAGGAGAUCCUUGCCCCACUUUACUUCCAAACGAUGAGAUGUCAAGGCUGGGGCCAGAGAGGAAGCCAUGGAUACGUCUGGGAGAUAAUGACCGGAAUGGAGUAUCUUCUUGAUCAACUGGAGGACUGGAAUGCCUACUUUAAUGAUCCGGCUGGCGGCGCGGUCGAGCAAUACCGGGCUCUUCAACUCUACGAUGGGUCAAGCCGGCGGAAAGGGCCUCAAGCAUCACAACCUGCCCCGAUGAAGGGUGCGGAGGAACCAUCGAUGGACCACCUCCCACUCCAUACAAGAGCCGACUUCAUGUCAGGCCGAGCCGACCGACUUGCCUCGCUCCGCGAGGACUCGAAAUGUUACAUUCGUCUUUCCAUAACCAACGCUUGGCAGAAGCUAAAUGAGUAUUAUACCAAGCUGGGCAGCUCGCCGUUGUUUGCUGCUGCGGUAAUUCUUCAUCCAGGACGCAGCAUCCGCUGGCUCGAAGAUCGCUGGAGCAGCGACGAGCAGCAGGGCUGGCUUCGUGAUGCGAAGGAUGGUCUGGAGAGGUUUUGGAUGGCCUGGUACCGCGACAACAGCGCAGAACCUGGCGCAGAGGGGUCACUGAAUUAUCCAGCGAUCCCACGCCGCACCGACUGUUCUGCCGGCCCGAGGCGGGAGGAGUCCGCAUAUGAGCAGUGGCUCAAUAGCAGGACGGAGCGACUUGCAGACGAGAGCACGGAGCUCGAGCGAUAUUUUCGCCUUGAGCUGCCUGUGCCAAUAGACGACCCUAUUCAAUGGUGGAUGGACCGCAGAUUGUCAUUCCCAACGCUGAGUCAACUGGCUCUGGAUGUAUUCGCUAUUCCGGCGAUGGCCGCCGAUUGCGAGAGAGCCUUCAGUCUUGCCAAGCUUACAUUGACAAGUCAGCGGCUCUCAAUGGAGCCAUCCACGCUAGAGAAAGUUCAAUGUCUCAAGAACUGGAUUCGACGGGAUGCAGUCACGUUGGGUGGGCUCUACUUCAACAAUCGCGGAGCAAUUGGCGAGGAGUAG